AUGGCUCCCUUGAAGAUCCUCAUCUGCGGUGGCGGCUGUGCAGGCCCAACACUAGCAUUCUGGCUCGCACGGGGUGGCCAUCAAGUCACGAUCGUCGAGCGACUUCCUGCAUUGAGAGCAACCGGCUCACAAAUUGACCUGCGUGGAGCGGGCAUCGAGGUAGUCAAACGGAUGGGGCUCAUCGAGACAAUCCGCGACAAAUUGGUCGACGAGGCGGGAACAUCCAUCAUCGAUUCCCAGGGUAAGGUUAUCGGAAACCUCAUGGCUAAUAAGACUGGCAAGGGUGCUCAGUCUUUCACCUCCGAGUAUGAGAUUAUGCGCGGGGACCUGGUUCGCAUUCUAUACGAGGCGACAAAGAACGACGUGCAAUACAUCUUCGACAAAACAGUCGAGCAGUUUGAGCAAGACGAGGACAAAGUCACCGCACACUUUUCUGAUGGUUCAUCGGGAGUGUUUGAUGUCCUCGUUGGAGCCGACGGUCAAGGCUCCCGAAUUCGCAGGGCCAUUCUAUCCCCAGACGCUUCGGACCCUUAUGUGAAGUUUGGCAUCCAUGUCGCUUACUGGUUUAUCCCACGCAUCGAAACGGACACCAACAUGCUGAAUUGUUACAACGGCACGGGUGGCCGAAUUAUUAUGCGCAGAAGCCACAAUCCCACCGAGACGCAAGUGAUCUGUUUCUUCAGAGACUGCUCCCCCGAAUUGUCCGAUAUCCCCAAAGCCUCAGUGGAGAAACAAAAGGAGUUUUGGACUCAGCGCUUCCAGGAUGCGGGGUGGCAGAGCGAGCGCUUUUUGGAAGGAAUGAAAACCACAGACAAUUGGUAUUGCCAGGAGAUCGUGCAGGUCUGCACCGAUACCUGGUCCAAAGGUCGUGCUGUUCUCCUCGGAGACGCCGCCCACUGCCCAUCGCCGUUGAGCGGCAUGGGCACCUCGAGUGCGCUGGUCGGAGCAUAUGUCCUGGCUGGCGAGAUCAACCGGCACAGUGACCAGCUUGCUGUGGCCUUUGAUACCUAUGACCAGACUCUCCGACCCUUCGUGAACACGGUUCAGAAACUGAAUCCUACCUUUAUUCGAUUAGGCAUGCCGGAGAGUUGGUGGGGGAUUGCGAUUCUGCGAUUUAUCUUCCGAGUUCUUUUUUUACUUCGUAUCCCUGCCUUUAUGUCGAGGUUUAUGGCGGAGAGAGAUGGAGAUUGGAAGCUGCCGGAGUAUCGAAACGGUGAUUUAAGAGAGGAUUAG